AUGAAGUUUACGACCGGCCCCCUUUUCACCACGUUGGCAUUUAUUGCCUACUUGCCCGGCAUCCUUGCCGUAGCAAGACCCACCGCAAAUCAGGGUUCAGUUGCCGUGCUGAGUUAUGGGCUGGCAAAUAAUGGUACCGCCGUUGGAAACGGCGCCGAAGUGGUUAAUCCUAACCAAGGCGAAGACAACAAGGAUGACGCCGGGAAUGAUGCCGAAGAUAAUGACGACGAGAACAAUAAUGAGAACGAGGAAGAGGACACUAAUGAUCAGCAAAAUGACGACGAAGAGAACAAAAAUCAGGAUAACGAAAAAGACAACCAGAAUAAUGAUCAGGACCUUGAGGAGAAUGAUAUCAAGGGCAACCUUCAGCAGAAUAUCGGAAAUCUCAUGCUCUCGCUGGGAGUCUGCAACUUUGACAUCGGUAGCAUUAGCGGCAUCGGUGUCGGGAGCCAGAUCCAGCUUCUUCUGCAACUCCAGCAACUUGCACAGCUUCAACAACUUGGACUCGUCAAUUCAUUCUCCAUUGAGCAGCUCAUUCGACAGGAAAUUCUCCUUAACAACUUUAACCUUAAAAUUAUCAAACGUACUGUUAGUGCAUCCGUCAAACAGGCUAGCCGUGAGAACAAGCGUGCUAUUGUGGCUAGAAAGCAGUGUCAGAACAAGAACAAUGAUAACUAA